AUGAAAAACGCAUACGUAACAAUAGUCAUUGUGAGUUUGCUUGUUUUGGCAACUUCAAAGCUAACACUCCAAUAAGCGGUUAGUUUGAACUUGCAAAAUUUGAGAUGCAAAGACCUAGAUGACAUUAAUAUAAUGAUCUCCGACACCAUAUAGUGGAAAGAGGCAAUUGAGCUAAAUAAUUAAUUGGGAGAUGAUUUAAAUGGAUUGUUGGAAGUCGAAAAAAUUGUUAAAAAUACUAAACAAUAACUAUUGCAUUAAUCAUUAUUGAUUGAAAUUGAGAUGCCUAUUAAACAAGACUUUCAAGCCAAAUUUGAGAUGGAUCUGGCCAAAAUCAUGAAGUUAAUAUAAUAAAUGAAUCAAAAGCAAACUAAAAAAGAGAAAUUAGAUCUAUUAACUGAAAUUGAUGUUUGUAUUUAAGCAACAAAACAGAAAAUGCAAUUAAUAUUAUCUCAAUCUUCAAAAGCAACUGAUUAUGAUAAAGAGUAGCUGACAUCAAAUCUUAAGUAACUUUUGUAAAUUAAGCAAUAAUGCUAAAAUUAAUAACAAGAAGUCAAAUAAAAAAUAAAUAAAACAAAUAAACACUCUAAGCCAGAUACUUAUGAUGAAUAUGAUGUUAAUGAAUAUGAAGAUGCUAUCUAAUAAGUUUUAUAUGAUAGUGAUUCAGAUUAUGAUUAUAGUAAUUAUUAUGAUUAUGAUGAAUACAAUUACGAUUAAGAAAGAUCAUAUCAAAAUAAGUAAAGAAAACAAUAAAACUAAAGAACAAGAACAAGAACAAGAAAGGAAUCGAAAUAAUAAAAAUAACCAUAAUAAUUUAGAAUCAAAAAAUAAAUCAAAAAGAGGAGAGAUGAAGAAGUUCAUUAAACAGAUGUCUAAAAUUAAAAUUAUAACGAAGAAUAACCGUAGGAUUAAGAUUUUACAGAUACAGACUAAUAAUAAUAAUAUCAAAAUCCACCUUUUCAAAAUAAUGAAGAAGAAGAUAAUUAUUAAUCUAAUAUUUAGGACUAAGAAGAGCAAUAGGUUUAAGACUCUGCUGAUUACUAUGUAGUGAGUGAUUUAAAACCAUAUGAGGCUCUUGAUUCUUAGAAUUAAUAAAAUAUCAUAUAAGAUUAACAUAUAUUGGACGAUUAAGAAAAUUAAGAUUAAGGUAACAAUUAAGAUGAAUAUAAUUCAUUUAAGGACAUUUUAGAAGACAAUGAUUAAGUUAAUUUGGAUGGAGAAUUAGAUAAUAAUUAAUAAUAUUCAGAUUCUUAAGGAGACCAAGAAUUUCAAGAUGACAAUUAUAAUUAAAUUGAUGUAAAUGAGGAUUAAGAAUAUGCUCAAUAAUCUGAUCAAGAUUAAUUAGAUGUGGAAACUAUUUAACCAGUUCAAAAUUAGAAAUAAUAAAGAUUCAUUAAAUUAAAUAAUGAUGAGCAUGAUCAACAAGAUGUUGACUAUUAAAGUGAAUAGGAAAAUAUAUCUCCAAAUUCCGAAUCAUCAACUCUUGAUGAAUUUGAUGAUUCUUAAUCUUAAGGUCAAGAUGAUGAUUAAAAUAAUUAAGUGGUAAUUGAUGAAGUUAGCCUUGAUGAUGUUGAAUUAUAAGAUGAUUAAGAGGUUCGAUAUAUUGAUUAAGAAGAAGUGAAUGAUUCUUAAAUUUAGAAUGAAGAUGUAAUCUAAUAGUAGGAUAACGAUGAAAUCUAUAUUGAAAAUGAUGAUUAGAGCUAAUCUGAUUAAUAAUUAAAUCCUUUACAAGAUGAAUAAACUGAAUCCUUUUAAGAAAUUUAGCCAAUACCAGACUCAAUGAAAUAAUCAACCUAAGUAAAAGCACAAGCAGAAGAAUUUAAAUUAACAGAAUAAUAAUUAGCUCCAGAUUAGUAACAAUAAUAAAAAGUGCAAUCAUAAUAAUAAUAGUAAUAACAGGCUUAAUAAUAGUCUUAAUAGCAGGAUUAAUAAUAGUAAUCUUAAUAAUAGGCUUAAUAAUAAUAAUAACAAGAGCCAUAGACAUCGACAUAACAAUCACAACUGCAAUAAUAAUUACAAUAAUAAUCAUAACAAUAGCAAUAACCAUAAAUAUAACAACAACCAUAAGCAUAACCAUAACAACAGCAAUAACCAUAAACAGAACAACAGCAAUAACCAUAAACAGAUCAACAACAAUAACCAUAACAACAACAACAAUAGCCUUAAUAGUAGAAUUAAUAAUAAUAAUAAACAGAAUAGUCAUAAACAAAUGCAUAACAGUAAUAAUAAUAAAAUACCUUGUAAACUUAAGAUUAAAAUGUUUAAGCAAAAGAUUUGCCUCCUACUUAAUAGUAAGCAUCACAACCUACAUAAUAAAGUUAAACUAAUUAAUAAAGCUAAGAAAUAAAUAAAGAAUAGCCUAAAUAAUAAGAGCCUUAACAAUAAAAUUAAUAGCAAUAAUCCUAGGUUUAAUAAGUUAAUCCUUUAUAGAGCGAAUAACAACCUGCUUAAUAAGGAGCAGUGUAGUAAACAUAAGAAUAAGGAAAUUAAUAGCCUUCUGAUAAGUAGUAACCAACAUAAUAAUAAUAACCACAACCAUAAUAAGAGAAUAAUUAAUAAGCACCUAAUUAAUAAGUAUAACCUCAAGCUUAAUAACAGGAUCCUUCAUAAUAAUCCAUAGAAAUUGACUAGAACCAACUUCAACCUCAAAAGCCUAGUGAGUAAAAACCUCUUUAACCAACUGAUUUGAUUCCAGAUACCUAAUCUUAAAUUCCUACGAAAGGACUUGAUGAGAAUCCUGAUCAAAUUAUUGACCCAGUUAAAUUUGUUCCAUUCAAGCAUAAACCAUUGUAGAGCACAGCAAACAUUUUGGUUAGAUAAUCAAAAUAUUAUGAUUCCUCAGUUGAAGGGAAAGCAUCUUAUGAAAUCUAAUUUUCAAAUAAAGAAUUAUAGGAUUCAGAAGAGUAUGGAUAUGGAUAUUGGGUGAGAUAUUAGAGUACCUUAGAGUUCAAGAUGCAAUAAAAUUAAUAUUAUUUUUUGUCAAGAUUGACUUCAUUGAAGGACUACUUGGAUUUUUAGAAUUAUGGAGAUAGGACUUUGGCAAACUUUUUGGUUGAUAACUCAUUUGUUUUUGCUACAUACGAUUAUGUUGGAAGAGAGAAGAAUAAAGUGGCUUAAAUAAGUUUGAAUCAGAAUAUCGAUGGUAGAUGGUAUUUCGUGUCGUUCUCGUAUAGCAGUCGUAAAUAGAAGUCAGUAGGAUUUGUUCUAACAUACGGUAAGGGCAAGGAGUUCUAAAGGAUUGAGAUCCCAGGCACUCAUGCACCUCCAUUUUAUAUGUAAUUGAUGGUGGGAGGAAAGCAUCUGCAUUAUCCAGGAUUGCAAGGUUAAUUUGCAAAUAUCUUUUACGAUAUCGAAUCACCUGCAUUGAUCGAUAAUGAAUAGGAGUUGUUUAAUUUAGUUGAGACAAUGUCCUUUAUGCCAUAAGGAUUGAAAACAUAUCACGAGGAGGUGAUAGUGGGGCCACCAGUGGAUAUGGAUGGAAAUAAAAAUUGCAAUUUUGAGAAGGGAUUUAAGGAUUCUUUUAUUUAUGAACAUUAUGCAAUUGCAGGUUGGUUUAGAUGGGUUGAUAAUUUGGAUGUGAAGGAGUUGAAUUCAUUUUAGAUUAUGAAUUUGAGAUCUAAUAAAUAAAGAGUGAAGGAUAAAAGAGAGUUGGGAGAUAGAGCUCUGGAAAUUCAUUUCAUAAGAGGGUUAUAGAAUGUAGGAUUGAACUUUCAUACAUAUUCAGUGGUUGGAAAUGAAGGGAAGGGUAGUGAUAUGAUAGUGAAAUCAGUACCUUAUACUACUAAUGUGUGGACUUAUGUUUAUUUUGGGUUCAAUUAGGAGGAGAAGAAGGCAUAAGGUAUAAUGAUAAGAGUGGGAGCGAAUGAGGAAGUUGUAAUUGAAGGACUGGAACAUAAGAAUACAAAUUCAUUGUAUUUUACUUUGGGGGGAGACCAGACGGUUGCAUCCUUUAAUGGCAAAGUGUCUCAGGUUGGAGUUUAUUUGGGACCUGAAAGUUAUGCAAAGUCUAAGAAGUUGGAUUACAAUUUUGGAUAUGGUGAUGGAGCUGUGAGAUUAUUUUAGUUGGUUAAACCAUUUGUAAUGAGAGGCUAAUAGGAUCAGUACGAAAUAUCAUUUGAUUAAAAAGAGUCAUUGAUCAAUUAGAUUCUAAUCUAAGAUGAUAGCAAUACAAGAAUCAAUGGAUUGAGUGAGUAUUCAAUAGGGUUAUGGACAUGUUGGUUAAGUAGUCUACCAAAGUUUAUAGGAAGCAGAAGUGAUUUUCAUUAGAUUGCUAGAAUGGGUACUCAGAGUAAGUUGUUAGAAUUGAAGAACAAUAAGUUAAUCUAGAGUGACAAUAUAUAAGUUAAUAAUGACAUCAAGGAUACUACACUAUAAAUGAGAUUGGGCAAGAAGGAAUAUGAGUUCUCCACUUACAAUCUAAUAAGCAAUGACAUUAAAAAAGGUGUGAUUGCUUUAGAUUCUCAAUUAGAGGGAUCAUGGAAUUACUUGUCCUUCUCAUAUAAAAGAAUGAAUAAUAAUAUGGGUUUAGCCAAAGGUUAUGUUUAAUUUGGAAUUGGAGGACAAGUAAAGGAGUGUUCAAUAGAGGUGUUACAUGAUUACAUUUUAGAGUAUGUGGAGUUGAAUGUAGGAAAAUCAAAUAUUCCUCAAUUUAAUGGUAAAUUAGCAAAUGUGCAAAUGAGAUUAGGAAAUGGAGCAUUUCUUGUUGAUGUUGCAUAAUAUGAACAAUUUUAAUAGUUGGAGAAACCAGUUUUGGGAAUAAGUUCAGCCGUUCGAAAGAGUAUCCAAUUGCUGGGUUAAGAAACCGAUAUGGUCAAAGUGAAAGAACCUGAGAAUGUGUUUGAGUAUUCAUAAUACGCAGGUGUUAACGAAUAUGCAUUAUCUGGUUGGGUUAAAUGGGGAGGCGAUUAAAAGCAAGGAGGAUUAUAUAGUAUAUUGAUGAUGGUUCAGAAGAAGUAAUAAGACAUUAAGCCAGGCUAGACAGAUAGUUAAUUAUAUGUAUAAAAAACUGAUAAGGAUUAUAUAUUUGGAACGUAUAAUUGUAAUGGAGAGGAUUGUUCGCAAUCUUAGGAGAAGAACAUUGAGUUUAAUGAGUAUUAUAAUCAAUGGACCUUCAUUUACAUAGGGUAUACUCAGAAAUAGAAGAAGUUGUUUGCCUUAUGCAAAUUCACUUUUAAUUAAUAAUAAUAGACAUUCUAAGAGAUCAACAGAAUAUUGUUGUCAACAUUUACUGUAUUCUUGGGUAAGAAGUAUCAAUUGGCAAAUCAAUGGUUGGGUCAAAUUAAAUAAUGGGUAUUGAAUGUUGGAGAUGGUUCAUAUUUAGAAAGUGGAUAUGAAUAGAGUGAAACUGUAGAGUUGAAUUUUGGAUUCAAUAGUGGAACUGACCAUUUGAAAAUGUAGACAGCAAAUCAAGAAAUAAAUCAUAGUGAUAAAGUAAUAGAGUCCUAGGCAGACAAAUAAAAUAUUCCCUGGAUGGUAGAAUUGAAUGAACAAUCUGAUGUUAAAAUAGAAGGAGUCAGUUCCUAUGGUUAUGGAAUGUGGAUGAGAUUCAGGUACUAUGGAAGUAGUAUCCUCUUCAGUCAACCUAAAUGGAUGGGAUUGAGUAGAUUGACAACUAAUAGAGAUUAUAGAGAUGCAGAUGCAGUUGGUGAUAGAGUACUGAUGAUACUCUUUGGAAAAGGGGAAGAUGAAAAAUCACAAGGGAUAUUCUAAUUCUCAACCUACACAAUAGGAUAACCCAAUAUCUUUAGUAAUCUCUAAUAUCAAAUGGAAUAUGAAUCUGAAUGGGUUUAUAUUUAUUACAGUUAUAAACGGAUAUCUCAAACUCAAGGUGUUGCCAUGGCAUAUACAGGUAGGAUGGAUAUUGUGGAUGAACUUAAAAUAGAUGCAUUGCACAAUCCAAUAAAUAAUUAUGCUCAACUUACAAUUGGUCAUAGUGGAAAGUACUAUCCAAACUUUAAUGGAUAGUUGACAGGCAUCAAAUUUAGAUUAGGCAAUGGAGCUUACAUAGAUAGUAAGAAUGACAUCUUGUAAAGGAUGAAGAACUCAGACUUAAUGCCUUCUGUUCCUUAUGAUGUCUCUCAUAAAUAUACAAUUAUCGAUGGAAAGAUUGAUAAUUAUAAGGUUCUUCCAAAUAAUCCCUAGAUGGUUGACUUCCCAGCAAAUGAAUAUUCUUUGGCUUUAUGGUAUAAGCAAUUCCAAAAGAUAAAUGACAACAAAGAAACUGUAGUUCGAGUUACUCAGAAUCCUGUGGGUAAAGUAUCUGAUUAAUCCUGGAUCGGUGAUAGAACUUUUGCCUUAUUUAAAAUCAACAAAGAUAAUAUGGAGUUUUCCACUUACACUCUACUGAAAGGCAUGAACUUUGGUAUUCCCUACAAUUGCUAAAUACCAGAACUCAGUCAACACAACUGGUCAUUCAUUUAUAUGGGGUAUAGUAAGAGCAAAUAAAAGUUCUAUUACUAUCUCUCAGUAGAUGAAUAUGUAUGCAAAAGUGAAGAGGUUAUCCUUCAUGCCAUAAGUGAUAGACUCUGGAUCUACGUAGGCAGUGAUAAUAUCCAACAGAGGUUUGAAGGCAAUCUAGCAUAAAUUGCCUUUACGAUAGGUCCAGGUGCUUAUACCAAUAGUAAAAUACCAUUUUUGGCUGAAUAUCUGGUUGCUGACAAAUUAUUCCCAAAACAAAAGAAAAUUUCAUGGGAGAAGAAUGAACCAAUCAUGUUAGUCUCAGAUGGUGAUGAAACUAUAAGUUCGUUGAAAGUUGAGUUAUUUAAUGGUUUCUAAUAUCCAUUUGAUUAAAUGUAAGAAUAUGCUUUUGGCAUGUGGACACGUUAUCUGACUACUAUCCCUCAAAGAUAAAUAUCAAAGCCUGCUCUAAUGCAAUUAGCGAGAUUGUCAAUAAAUAAAUAAACUACUGAUGGUGUCGUAAAAACAGGUGACAGAGUUUUGGCUGCUCAUAUUGUAUUUAAUUAUUAUCAAAUAUCCACAUAUGAUCUCAACACUGAUGCUGGAAUACAACAGAAGUUUAUGAAAUACAAUCAAUUAGAAGGCAUCUGGAGAUAUAUCUAUAUGGGGUACAGCAAGGAUAUCGAGACUGUCGCAUGCUACACUUAUGAUUCUGCAAUAGCAGAAAUGAAAAUGGACAAGAUUUUGCAUAAACCAUUAACUGAUUACUUAUUAUUUAGGUUAGGCAAGGAAGAUACAAUUACAGGUUUCUAAGGAAGCAUUACCAAAAUUAUGUUAUCUAUUGGUCCUGGCUCUUACAUUCGAUAAUAAGAUCAAUUUAAGUCUUAAUUAGAGACUACUUUCUCAUUGCCCUUUUAACUGACAUAAGAAUACACUGAUAAGGAGAAACACGGGAAGUUUGAAAUAAUUGAAGAUGUCAAAUAGAUUGAUGUCACUAAUGGCAUUGAAUUUGAAGGGAAUAAAUGGAGUGGAAUCAGUGAAUAUGCCUUUAGUGGCUGGAUUAAACCAACUGGUGCUGGAAACACAGAUUGCCAAUUAAUUUUAAGAUUAACGAACAAUAAUGCAGAAACUUUGAAUGAUAGAAAAUCUUAAGGAGACAGAGCUCUACACAUUACUAUUUGUAAUAAUCAACUAAUUAAGUAUUCUACCUACACACUUGUAGAUCUGAAAGAUGCAAAUGAACCUAAAUUUAUAGAUGGUCAACUAGAAUUGAAUGACUAUAAUUAUGCUUGGAAUUAUAUCUAUAUGGGUUACAAUUCAAGAACAAGUGAAGUUCAUUGUCUAUUGCACACUCUGAUUGAAGACAAGCCAAUAACUUGGGAAUAAGUAUAGCAUUAUGUGCCUAAUUUUUUGGGAUUGUACAUAGGAUAAGAUAAGUUUACAAAUAAAUUUAUUGGAUCAAUGAACAAAUGGACAGCAGCAUAUGGAUUAGGUGGCUUUAUUAGUUUAAAGAAGAAUGGCUAUUAGCAACUCCUACCAUAUUAUGGUUUGGUGUAACCUAAUAAACAAUACUAAUGGAAUUCAAAUAAGGAUACGGUCAUAUAGACUCCAGAAUUCAUAGUUUAAGAAUUUACUAAUGAAAUUGAUUCAGUAACUGAAUAUGCAGUGGGUAUUUGGACCAGAUGGUUAACAGAUUUCCCUGAUCAUUUGGCAGAGAGAAAGGAAUCACAUUCUAUUUUUAGAUUGACUGCUAAAAAAGAUCAUUAAGACAAAUCGCAAAUAUAGGAUAGAGUACUGAGUGCAUUUUUAAUUAAGGGAUCCUAUGAUUUCAGCAGUUAUGAUAUAGCAACCAAUAACUUUGCAGCAAAUAGUUUGGCUGCCUAUGAUUAAAUUGAAGGUUCAUGGAAUUUUAUUUACAUGGGAUAUAAAGAUGGAUAAACGGUUGGCAUAAUAAUAGUAAGAGACACAGCCAAAGCUUUGAAAGUAGAAUUCGCAACAAAACACAUACCGUUAGUUGGAUAUGCUAAGUUGAUGAUUGGUGUGUCUGAAUUUGGACAUGGUUAGUUUCAUGGUUGGUUGUAUGAUCCACGUCUAUAUUUAGGAUAAGGUAGCUUUAUCAAUGAGAGUCAGAAGGUUGUGGAUUUACUUCAAAAAGUUCAUCGAAAAUUACCAUUGCCUGUAGUUGAUUUGGCUGAUUUUAAGUGGACUGUUCCUUAAAUGGAUACAACUCAAAAUAUAAAUGCUGAAAUUAUCAAUUAUAAAUUUUUGGAUAAAUAGGAAUCUUUAGAAUAUUCCUAUGGAAUGUGGAUACAAUAAUCAACUUUAUUACCAGGCAUGCCAACAGUUCCUCGUAUUAUUGCCAGACUAUCAACUAAUCAUCCUUAAUUCAUGAAAGACUAACAAUUAGGAGAUAGAACUUUACUUGUUAGCGUGAUGAAUGAUAAAUUGAGUUAUAACACAUAUAAAUUACUCGACACUCCAGAAUUUGAAUAGAAAGUGGAAGAGAUUCAAUUUGAAUAAUUAUAAUGGACUUAUGUAUUUUUCCAAUACAAGAAAGGAAAUGCUUUGGCUUAUGCCUUAUAAGUCAAAUAGGCAUAACAAAAAAUGAUCGAAGCCCUGCAUGUUAUUCCGAAUGUGUUCUAUUUUUAUAUUGUAAAAGACUAAAAUUUCGCAGACUUCUAUGGAAAAGUUAGUGAUGUGAAAGUGUACUUUGGCUCAAGCAGUUAUUUCGAAGAUCCACAAACCUCAAUAGAGAAAUGGCCUUUUGACAAGAAAUACUUACAACCUGCUUCAGAGCCACUUGCAAAUAAUCAACAGAUUACCUCAGCAAAAAUAUCGAGAAACAUGGAUAUCAAAAAUGAAAAAUACAUUGGGGAUUAUUGA